CUUUUAGUCAGAGCUUCGAUGAGUCAGGUGGUGGAGUAAAUCUAUUCGAUCAAUCCCUGGAAUCAUUUCAAGGAGGUCGGCGUCGACCAUGCUUCUCGAUAGCUCAAACGAUCAAGUUCGCGUGUCAAAUGUGAUUGCCUUGGUUGGUUUGCCCGCUAGAGGAAAGACUUACAUUUCACAUAAACUCUGUCGUUAUCUGAAUUGGAUCGGCAUCAAGACCAGAGCAUUCAACGUAGGUGAAUAUCGCCGUAAAGCAUGCAAAGAAGGGGAGUUUGAUUUCUUUAGUCCGUACAAUGUGAAGGGAACACAAAUCAGAGAUGAAUGCGCUCGUUUGGCUAUCGAGGAUAUGGGAAGGUAUCUGGAGGCAAAGGAAGGGGAAGUUGCAAUUCUGGACGCCACCAACACCACCAGGGCUAGACGCCGUUUUCUCAUGGAUUUCUGCAAACGUUCUGGCGGUCCUGCUUUUCGAGUGUUCUUUGUUGAGAGUGUGUGCGACGACGCUGAUAUUAUUGACUCCAAUAUCACGGAGGUCAAGAUUAAUUCGCCAGAUUACAAGGGUAUAAUGACGCAAGAGGAGGCCAAAGAAGACUUUUUGAAGAGAAUUGAAAACUACAAAUUGCAGUACGAACCUUUGGAUGAGGAGAUUGACGAUGAUCUGUCGUUUAUCAAGGUAAUAAACGCCGGAAAAUCUUUUUUCGUGCACAACGUGAACGGUCAUGUGCAAAGCAGGGUUGUUUACUUCCUCAUGAAUAUACACUUGCUGCCGAGGAGCAUCUAUCUGACGAGACAUGGUGAGAGUGAAUACAAUCAAAUCGGAAGGCUGGGAGGAGACAGCCCUCUAAGUUUGAACGGACUCAAUUACGCCGACAAAUUAAAAGAAUACUUCAAAAUAGAAUCGCUGAAAGACCUACGAGUUUGGUCGUCGCAAAAGAUUCGUGCUGCACAAACUGCUGCAAAUAUGCGAGAUCUGGCAACAAAUGUCGAGUACUGGAAGGUUCUCGAUGAGAUCGACGCAGGUAUAUGUGAGGGUCUUACCUACGAAGAUUUUGAAGCCCGAUAUCCGAAGCAGUUCGCGGAAAGGGAUAAAGAUAAGUAUCACUACAGAUAUCCUAGUGGAGAGAGUUAUGAGGAUCUUGUUGCUCGUCUUGAGCCCGUGAUUAUGGAACUUGAACGACAAUCUGACGUCUUGGUCAUCUCCCACCAGGCUGUUCUUCGCUGUGUUUUGGCUUAUUUCACUAACAAAAAUCGUGAGGAGUUACCGUAUCUGAAGGUGCCUUUGCACACGGUUAUAAAACUCACUCCCAAAGCCUACUCAUGUGAAGUGGAGAUGUAUAAAUUUGACAUCAAGGCAGUGAAUACUUAUCGUGAAAAGCCUGGGCAUCCGAAUGUCGGCGAUUUGGACGAUGAGCAUGUGCAUUAUGUGUCCACGUCAGCACCCUUUACCAUUUGAUUGUGCACACAUUUUGUAGUCAGUUGCAUUUUUUAGAUUGAAUUUUUCUAGUAUCAGUGUGUUGGAAAUUUGCAGUAUUUUUAUCAGCUUUUGCUUUUUUUUCUAUCAUCGCAUUCAGUCAAGAGUACUCAUUCACUACUUCGGAUAUGACAUCGCUUAAACAUGACAAUAUUGCCUCUUUUUUUCUGAAUAUUUUAUGAUUCAAUUUUUUGACUUCUAUUGUACAUACUGCCAAAGAUUGUUUUAUCGACUACCUUUUUGUUCUUACCUUUAUAAUCUUGCGUCUAGCUCAUUUCUUUAUUACCUCAAACACUGGGUUCAAAAUUAGUGCCAUUUUAGAUGCAAAAUUUCGUACGUAUCGAUGUCAAUAAAUAUGAGCAACAUGG